AUGGGAGACUCGAAGAAGACGACCCGACUCACGAAUCGGGAACAGAAAUUGUUGAAACAGUGUUUGGUGAAGCCGAACCCCGCGUCUGCGUCGUUCAAGAAGAUCGGUGGGCUCGGGAGGACGAAGCGCACGAUCCAUGAGUUGAUCAGCUUUCCGUUGAUGAGGCCGGAGCUUUUUUCCAGUGGUAUUCUGAGUCAAUCAACGACUGGCAUUCUUCUGUUUGGUCCCCCCGGCACAGGAAAGACACUGCUCGCCCGAGCAGUAGCCGCGGAGUCUGGAGCCAACUUCCUUAAUGUCCAGAUGUCGGAUAUCCAGUCAAUGUGGGUCGGCGAGAACGAAAAGAAUGUGAAGUCUCUUUUCACAUUAGCGCGGAAGUUGAGACCCUGUGUUAUCUUUAUUGAUGAAAUUGAUGCCCUGCUCCGCGCUCGGCAACGGAACAUGGCGCAUCACACGAAUACGAUCAACGAGUUCAUGCAAGAAUGGGACGGCCUGAAUUCAAACAACGAUGGCCCUGACGCAGACGGAACCGGCAAUACGGGUGGCAUUAUUGUUGUCGGAGCGACCAAUCGUCCGUUCGACCUCGACGAGGCGGUGCUUCGGAGAUUGCCUCGGAGAAUCCUUGUGAGCUUACCUGAUCGGGAUGCGAGAGCCGACAUUGUCAGGUUAUGCUUGAAGGAUGAUGAGGUGCUGGAUCGAGACAAUCUGAUCGUCCAGGUUGCCGAAUGGACAGAAGGAUGGAGUGGAAGUGAUAUCAGGAAUUUCUGCAUUGCUGCUGGCAAAUCGAACGCGUCUACUUCGAUACCGACAGAACGGGUUGGCCCAGACGUUAAACCUCCGAUCUCACUUGCUCACUUCAAAGAAGCGUUGGACGCUGGCGACGUCCGCCCGUCGCUGAAUGACCGCGCGGAGCUUGUCAAGGCUCUCAGAGAUUGGGAUAAACAAUAUGGAACGGGCGCAGGCGGCGCCAGGGGAGGAGCGGGAGAAUGGGGUUUCUGA